ACUGUAAUUAAGUUCAGUUUUAUAUCGUUACUCCGACAGCAGCUCUGUCUGUAGUAUCUGCCGAAGAGCCGGGAGAGAGAAGACGAGCCGCUUCGUCCUGCUAACGUCACCUAAACACGGGACGUGCGAGAUCUGUAUUAGAAAUCUGCGCAUUUAAAGUUUGUUUGAUUAUCAACACAGAAAACCUCUUUAUGUAACACAAACUAAAUAAUUUUAAGAGUCUACAAGUACCAGUAUUAAAUUCGGCUUAGGUGUCAAACAGCGUGCAACAGUUUUGUGGGGUUUAAUUCACGAAAGAGGAGAAAGUCAUGUCUGAGCCUCAGCAAAGAACCGAUCAGAUGACUGCACUAAAAUCUCGUUAUAUCUUAACGGAGUUCUCUACACGCGUUUAUCGAGGAAGUGGCGGGUUUUUAGGGUCUGUGUUGGUGCACAGAGGUCAAAGGUCAACGGGUACCAGCCUUCAUCAUGGUCAAACAGCAGCGGAGGGCAGACAGGUGUGUCCUACCUGCAGCAGGUCACAGUGUGGCGCAGGUUCGAUUCCCAGUUGUCCCUGUACAGAGGAGACAGCCAUCACCUCAGCAGGUGGCGGGCAGGAAGUGGGCGGGCUCAGUGACAGGAACUGACGGUCGGCAGUUCUGCAGCAGCUCCAGCACCACAGAAGAAGAGAGAGGAGAUGCGCAUGGAGACCCAGGACCUGACGGAGGUUCAGGAGAGACGAAGAGGGCGAGACUGGACGGAGCUGAGGUGUCAGCUGCUCCGGUCCCAGGGUCAUGUGAUCAACCAGGAAGUGAGAGCUGCUCCACAGCAGACGGCGUUGCUCCUCCCCCCGACCAGCAGGAGUCAGCAGAGCACAGCGAGGACAGCAGAGCAGCCGAGCUGCAGAGUGUGGGGUCACUAAAGGUCACCAUCCAGCAGCGCAGUGAGAGCAGGGAAUUUGGACAGACGGACAGACAGACAGGUGGACUCCACUGUCACGUCUGUAACCUCACCUGCCGUUCUCUGCAGGUGUUUCAUGAACACAUGUCAGGAGCAGAGCACAUGAAGAAACUGCAAGAGAUCACACACUCCAUCUGCCUCAAUACACACACAUUCCAGGACAGGGGGCGUCGGCCUGACGCUCGGCGCUGGUGCGACACCUGUCAGACUCACUUCAGCGGUGAUGUCAUCAUCCACCGACGGAUGAAACAACACAAGAUGUGUAAACAGCUGUGUCGGCCCUUCUGUCCGGUGUGUAAACGUCACUUCAGGACUCCCAGGAAGUUUGUGGAGCACAUGAAGUCUCCAGAACACAAACAGCAGGUGCACCUGCAGGAGGCUCAGGAGGAGGAGCUGAUCACUGUGGACGCUGUCGGCUGCUUCGAGGAGGAGGAAGAGGAGGAGGAGGAGGAGGAGGAGGAGGAAGUAGAAGUAGCUGAUGAUGAGGAGGAAUGGGACGAUGAAGGAAAAGAGGGAACAGAGGAGAAAGUGUUGGAGACAGCUGACACAGAGGAAUAUGACCCUCACUGUACAUACGGAAGUAGUUUUGUGGUUCCUGUGUCUGGGUUCCUGUGUCAACUCUGUAACAAGUUCUUCCACAGAGAGACCACAGCUCGACACACACACUGCAGGACACGCACACACUACCUCAACCUGCAGAGGAGAAACGCUGACUGUGAUGGAGGGAUGAAGACAGAUGACACACCUGCUCCGACUUGACCUGCUCACACUAUCCCAGGAUGCAUCUGUGUAUCCAGGUGAUGGACUGAUGAUGAUGUCAUCCUGCUGUCUGAUCUACAUGAGGCACCAAACAUUUUUUUGUUCUCGAACAUGGACUUGACUGAUCAACAGCUGGAAAUUUAUUUAACUAUUAAAUCAAUCAGCGUCGACAGGUCGCUCA